GUGCCACUUGUGUGUUAAAGAAGAAAUUUUCAGCAAGCCAAUUUUGGAAUGACUGCAAGAAGUAUAAUGUGACUGUGUUUCAGUAUAUUGGAGAGCUUUGUCGUUACCUUUGCAAACAACCCAAGAGAGAGGGAGAAAAGGAUCAUCAGGUGCGUCUGGCAGUUGGAAAUGGUAUACGGAGUGAUGUAUGGAGAGAAUUUUUAGACAGAUUUGGAAAUAUUAAGAUGUGUGAAUUUUAUGGAGCUACCGAAGGAAACAUUUGUUUCAUGAAUCACACUGGGAAAAUUGGAUCAGUUGGGAGAACAAAUUUCUUUUACAAACUUUUUUUCACUUUUGACUUAAUAAAGUAUGAUUUUCAGAAAGAUGGACCUGUUAGAAAUGAACAAAACUGGUGUAGUCAUGUGAAAAAAGGAGAACCUGGACUUCUCAUUUCUCGAGUAAAUGCAAAGAAUCCCUUCUUUGGUUAUGCUGGGUCUUACAAGCACACAAAAAACAAAUUGCUUUUUGAUGUUUUUAAGAAGGGAGAUGUUUACUUUAACACAGGAGACUUAAUGGUCCAAGAUCGGGAGAAUUUCCUUUAUUUUUGGGAUCGUAUUGGAGACACUUUCAGAUGGAAAGGAGAAAAUGUUUCAACUGCAGAGGUUGCUGAUGUGAUUGGAAUGUUGGAUUUUAUACAGGAGACAAAUGUCUAUGGUGUGGCUGUGUCAGGUUAUGAAGGAAAAGCAGGAAUGGCUUCUAUUAUUUUAAAACCGAAUAAGUCUUUGGACUUGGACAAAGUUUAUGAACAAGUUGUAGCAUGUCUACCAGUUUAUGCCUAUCCACGAUUUUUAAGAAUUCAGGAAAAAAUGGAAACAACAGGAACAUUCAAACUACAGAAGUUCCAGUUGACAGAAGAAGGAUUUAAUCCACUGAAAAUUUCUGAUCCACUGUACUUCUUAGAUAAUUUGAAAAAGUCUUAUGUUCCAUUGACCAAAGAAUUUUAUGAUCAAAUAAUGUUAGGGGAGACAAAACUUUAAGAUUUUGUAUGGAUGGGAUUUUCAUGUGCUUUCCUAAGAAGAGUGAGAGGAGAAUAUGCGAUUCUUUACUACAAAAUGGGGAAUGGGAACUAACAUUAAUUAAGCACGUGCUAUCUUUUCUUUAUAUGCAGGAGCAUUUCUUCAAUUGAGUAAGAACUUUAAUUUGUUUUAAUUGAUAUAAACUUUAGUUGAUUACUAUUUGUACACAUUUGGGGAUUCAGUGCAUAACUAUUUGCCUUAAUAUUAAAAAUUUUAAAUAAUGAAUAAGUGGUUAACAGCUUCGAUAAUCACUAAAAAUGUACUUUCUAAUAUUUAAAGUUUCUAAUUUUUAAUAAAUGAUUAAAUUUUACUCAAAUAUUUUAUUUUUAUGUGUUCUAUUCUUUAAUUCAAUAAAACUAUCUUCAUUAA